GAUGAUCAAAAUAGCAUGUGGAAUUCAAAUGGUGAUGAAUACUUCACACUUAGAGAUUUGUGGGAUUGUUACGAAGAGUGGAGUGCAUAUGGUGUUGGUGCUCCCAUUUAUUUGAAAGAUGAUAAUGAGAGUGUUAUUCAAUAUUAUGCUCCUUAUUUAUCAGCAAUUCAAAUUUACACCGUCAAAUCAGCUUCCUCACUAAUAAGAAACUCAUCUUCUGGAGAUCAUGAUGUGGAUUUCGAGAUGGAAUCUUGGAGCGAUGCAAGUGAGAACAGCGAGAAGUUGUCGAGAACUAUAAGUAACAACUCCAUUUCUGCAGAUUCAUGUUUUGAGUUGGAUGCUUCAAGAGAUCGCCUUGGCUAUCUCUAUUUCCAGUAUUCUGAGACAUGCUCUCCUUUUUGGAGAAUUCCAUUUUCAGAUAAGAUCCUUGAAUUUACUCAGCACUAUCCUGGACUCGCGACGCUAAAGAGUACUGAAUUGUCUGCUGCAAGUUGGAUGGCUGUUGCUUGGUAUCCAAUCUACCAUGUUCCAAUGAAAGGAAUUACCAAAAAUGUUUCUGCAAGUUUUCUUACCUACCAUACAUUGUCAUCAACUUUCCAAGAUGUUGUAGAAGAGAAACCCGAUGGAGAAAGGAAGGGUGAAAGUGGAAUUCGUCUUAGUCCAUUCGGUUUAGCGGCAUACAAGAUGCAAAAUGAUGUAUGGAUAAACACUCAUACAGAAAAGGACUAUGAAAAACUAUGUGAUCUUCAAAAUGCUGCAGAUUCAUGGCUGAAGCAGCUUUCUUAUAGUCACCAUGACUUCAAUUUCUUCACCGUGCAUUCUAACAUGGAGCAUGGAGGUUACUCAUUAUGAACUCAUUCACAGCC